ACGAUUGGUCAGAGUUGUUGACGGUUGUUCAAACGUUUCGGAUGCCGCGACUUCAGCUGGCGGGACUGCCGGUCAAGAACGUUCAGCCGCAUACUUAUAAUUUGUGGCCGUGAACGGGUUGUUUUCCAUCACAUUUUUUUCCCCGCUGACAACUCGGCAUGGCGGAUAUGCCGGGAAUUGAAGAGCUGAGAGCCCAAGUGACAGAGGAGAUCUGCGACAUGGUCAGGGCAAAGGUCAACGAACUGACCAGUGUCUGGUGCGACGUGGGCAUAGACUACGAGCCCACGCGUAGCCGCCUUGAACGCACGAGGGUUCACCUCUCCAACCUCCUCAACCAAAUGGUCGACGGCGAGGUCGACAUGAAGGAGAGGCUGCUCAAGAACAUCGCACAGUUCACGGUUGACGUUCACCAGCUGUCUUCGGAGCUUGAUGUGCCCAACCCUGCGAUCCCAGAUUCCCUGACAAUACUCGAAAGGGAGAGCACCAUUCGGGAAAGGCUGGAGCACCUGAAGGAGAUCAAGAACUAUCGCAGGCGUGAGCGGAAGAAGCUGCGGGCCAAGGAAACCGAGCUGUGUGCCAAGCUGGGCAUGCCAGCCUCGAACCUCUGCAGCGCCUCCGUUCCAUCGGAGAAGGACCUUCAGGAGCUUGAGAAGCACGUUGAAGCGCUUGAGCAGGAAAAGGCUGUUCGUUCCUGCACAGUCUCUCUUCUGAGGAAAGACAUCAUUGCUAAGCUGCACCUGCUCGACGCUCAGCCUCAAGCGCAGCUGGAGAUCCAGGUCAUUGACGAUGAAGACGGCUUCAUUUUGUCGAAGGACAACAUCGACGAACUGAAAGCGUACCUCGAUCGACUCAAGCAGCUCGAGGAAGCUCGCCGUCAGGAACUCGCUGGCCUGCUGGACCAACUGGCAUUGUUCUUCGACAGACUUGACAUCCCACCAGAGGAGCAAGACCGAAUCCGCAGCUCCAGCAACGGCCUCACACCGUCAAUUCUGGCUGCACUGCGGGCCACACUUGCUGAAUACGAGCGGCAGAAGAAAGAGCGCCUGCGUGAAUUCGUCAUUCGCGCCAAAGACGAUUUACUCACCUGGUACAAGAAGUGCUGCGUCCCACAGAGUCGUGUGUACCUGGACGAGGACGACUCUGAAGAUAUUUCCGAGGAACGACUGGCACUGCUGGAGGAGCAGCUGAAGGCCCUGAAGGAGUUCUACUCCGAGAACAAGAUGAUCAUAGCCAAAGCGGAGCGGCACGACGCCCUGUGGUCCAGGUCGCUUGAGCUGGAAAAGCUCGCCACGGAUCCAUCGCGCCUUACAAAUCGAGGAGGGCGCCUCCUCCUUGAGGCCAAGGAGAGGCAGCGGCUGCAGGUCGAGAUCCCGAGGCUGCGAAAAGAAAUCGAGAAGUUCAUCACAACAUACAGCGGGUCCAACAAGAUAUUCGCUGUGUGGGGAAAGGACUUCCUCGAGCACCUGGACGCUCAACAGCAAGCUCACGCACAAGAAAAGGAACGUGAGCGCCUUGAAAGGGAGAGCCGCCGCAAGGCUACACCCUCGGCAUUGGGCAGCAGCAAGAGAGCGUACUGUGGCACACCCUCCAGCAGUGCCUCCAAGAUGUCCCGGCUCGGGACCAGCAGUGCGACUCUCGCCUCCAGCAGGCGCCUGGGCACGCCAGUCGGGAAGGGCAGCCUGGCCGUGCGUGGUGGCACACCGGUCGGUGCAGCUGUGAGGAGCAUCCGGCGGCGCUCGUUGAAAACACAGCAGAAGAAACUGGCCAAUGGACGGCAGCUGUUCAGCAACACGGGAGCCGAGGGAGCUGGACCGUCCACCAGCACAGGCGCGCCUCUUGGUGGAGUGUCCACCAUGGACAGCUUUGCUCAAUUUCUGGCGCAGCAAAAUGAGAAGCAGCUUACGAGCAGCGUCCUCUUCGAGACGCCAGGGCUGCUGCGACCAGAAGCUGCAGAAAAAGUCGUCCAACUGGAUGUCACUCUCGUCAACAGCAACGCGCCUUCCUCGUGAACAGUUGUGCCUUUGUUCUGCAACAAGCAGAGAAUAUGCUGCAUGGACACAAGUUCGCAGCAUUGGCCCCGAGUGCUGAAGCCAGUCGCAUUUAAGUUUUUAACAUAAGACAUACCUUUGCGAUUGUCUACUGUUUUUAAAUUUGUCUAUUGUGUUUGUGUAUCACAUUUGUGCAUUGUGCCUUGAUGAAAGGUGAUGCUGUAGUCACUUGUAUACAUUUGUGCAUGUGCAUGAAGGCUGCAAUCGCACAAGCAUUUUUAGUGUAAUUUAUUUCACUGAAAUUGCCAUACAAGACUGUGGCAAGUUAGUUCAUUCUUAAGGAAAUUUGUAUUUUUACGCUGGACAAGGAUCUUUGUCCUGAUGCUGCACCAUGAAGUAAUGUUUCUGGCCUGGCAUGACCUUUCUGAGGAGGCUGUUGCAAUAGGCAUGUUAACAAAUAUCAUUCCCAGAAAACUGAUACCGCUGCUUGCAAGAUGGCUGAAUGCCAUGGCAAAAGCAGACUGUAGAAUACAAAAUCAGUUACUAGAGUUAUUGCAUUGAUAAAAUUUAAAUGAGCGAGUGUGAGCUAUGAAAUCAUAACUGCAUCUGUGAGGGCAGCUGAAGUUAUUGGUCGUCAAAUCUCUGCCAUGCCAUCUGGCUUUUAAUAUAGGCAUUCUUGCUCAUUAAGUGCUACUUUUUUAAUUAAAACUGUAGUGAUAUUUUGAAAGUGCAGUGUUGGGUUUCCAAAUGGACUGUCCUAUGGAAGUGUGUAUAAACAUUACUUCAUGCAAGCUUUUGCUUUCAAUUUUCAAAUUAGCCAGCUUACUGUAUCUGCCUGAUCUUGUACAGACCCUGCCAUGUAAAAACUUUUGUACAUAUUUUACAUUUUGUCCGUCUCAGCAGAAUUUUUCAUAAUUUUUAAGCUUGACGGUGAUUCCAUAACCAGGAUCUGCAGCCUGGUAUGGCUCUAUGUAUAAUAAAAGUCUUGUUUUAAUUGUC